CUACCGCGAGGGGGCGCUGCUGGACCCGAGCCUGGAGCCGGUAACUCUGGCUCGACGUUUCCCGGAGUAGAGACCGUGGCGGUUGCCGCCGGGCUGGGGAACCACGGAGACCGGGAAGUUUGCAGCUUCCUAGAGAGGAGGGGAAACGGCCCUACGCGCUUCCGGCGGCGCGGGUCCUAAGCUUUCCCGGGAACCCUGGCCGACCGCCUUCUCGCGCGUUCCCUGCGUCCGGGGCGCGCGGCGUCAGCGGUCGCCUGGGCUCCGCGUCCCGGGAACGGGCUAACGGGGUCGCAUCCCCGCGGAGUUCUUCAAUGCUCGGUUCUCCGAUCCCUGUGCCUCUGUGGUGAGGGGGGUUCCAGGACGCAGGGAGCCCCCGGCGGACAGACGGCGUUUGCGGGGUGCCCGGCAGCAGCUGUCCUGCCCGUCCUUUAUUUUCUCUUCUGUCUCACCUCGAACCCCGAGGGCGUGUGAAACGGGGACCCCAGCCAUGCUCCAGAUCACGUGGCACCAGUGAGAUUCGGGAGGGAGUGAAGUGCUAUGGGCUGUGUUUAUACCGCUGUCCCCUGUGCACGGACACGCAAAACCCCUGGAAGGGAACCGCAGGGGCCGACAGGCACGUAGACCCUGGCCCUGGCCCGGCAGAGUCAGCACAGAGGCUCCUCGGCCCUCACACAGGGCUUCAGCAGGAACCUGCUGUCUCAGGAGCCAGUGACCUUUGAGGACGUGGCCGUGUACUUCACGCAGAACGAGUGGGUCAUCCUGGACCCUUCACAGAGGGCUCUGUACCGGGAGGUGAUGCUGGAGAAUUAUGCAAAUGUGGCUUCCCUGGCUUUUCUAUUCACCAGACCUGUUCUGGUCUCCCAGCUAGAGCGAGGGGAAUUGCCAUGGGGCCCGGAACCCUGGGAACCUGCGGGCAGGGAAGUCCUCGGAGGCAUCUGUCCAGAGCUCUGUAGCUCUGAGACCAGAGCUGAGAAGGAAGAGUCGAGCCCAAAGGAACACAUUCCCGAAGAAACGGAGUCCCACAGACUGACGUUAGGAGGGCUACCAGGGAACGUUCCCCAGCACCUGGACUUGGGGAGCAGCCUAGAGCAGCAGCCUGGUCACUGCAUAGCCAAGAAGACAAAGUCCACGAGGAGAGCUUUCACAGAUGGGCCAACCAGCUGUCGCGAGGCCUACGCCGUGGAGAGUGGGGAGAAGUGUGAGAAGUCUGGGGAAAACGUUAGUGUCAGCACACGAGUCUCUACAGAUCAGACUGUUCCCGGUGGUCAGGUAUCAUACGAAUGUAGAAGAUGUGGCAGAUAUUUCAGUCGAGUGGCGGAUUUUCAGGGAUGUCACGCUGACGAAAGGUCUUUUAAAUGCAAAGAAUGUGGGAAAGCCUUCAGAUAUAACUCAUUACUUAUUCGGCAUCAGGUAAUUCACACUGGAAAGAAACCAUUUAAAUGUAAAGAAUGUGGGAAGGGCUUAAGUUCGGACACGGCCUUGAUUCAGCAUCAGAGAAUCCACACUGGAGAAAAGCCCUAUGAAUGUAAGGAGUGCGGCAAGGCCUUCAUCAGCAGCUCCGUCUUCCUCCAGCACCAGAGGUUCCACACGGGGGAGAAGCUCUAUGAAUGUCAUGAAUGUUGGAAGACUUUCAGUUGUAGCUCAAGCUUUAUCGUCCACCAGCGAGUGCACACCGGGGAGAGACACUACGAAUGUAAAGAGUGUGGGAAACGAUUGAGUUCCCCCACAGCCUUGACUCAGCAUCAGCGCAUUCACACCGGGGAGAAACCUUUCGAAUGUAAGGAGUGUGGGAAGGCCUUCAGUCAGAAAAUCACCCUGGUCCAGCAUGAGCGGGUUCACACUGGUGAGAAACCGUAUGAGUGUGAGGUGUGUGGGAAAACCUUCAGCUGGUGUGGGCGAUUCACCCUGCAUCGGAAACUACACACGCAGAAGGUACCCGUGCAAGAGUAGGGCUGUCCGCAGCUGUGGGCGCCGUGCCUCCUUGUUUCUCCCCACUCUCAUGCUCUUCGUCAGUACGCUCUUGACAGCGAGAAAAGAAACAAACCGCUAAGUCACGAGUGUAAGAGGACGUGUAACUGGCUGAUACCUUGCGGGGUUAGUGGUGUCACUGAGUGUCCCGCGAGAUGGAUGAGGGAGGUGUGGGAGGACCUCCAUCAGAGAACACCACUGUGAAUUAUCAAGAGUCCAGGCUUAAAGAGGAGACGGCAAAAAGUUUCUAGAGAAAACAAAAGACCGGGAAUGUGAAUGCAUUGGAUUUCAUAACAGCAGUCUUGAAAGUUAGAGGACCACGGUGUAGGCCUUCAAAAUUCAAGGGGAAAAUAACUUCCACCCAGAAUUGAGUAUCCCCAAGUGUGAGUUUGGUAUAAGAUAUUUCAGACCUUUUAGAUUUGGAACGUUUAUUUCCCAUGCAUCCCUUCUCAGGUGUGCGACAGCAAACAAGGGGUCACUCAGAAAAGAAAUGGACACCCUGUCCGUGUCUUUAUAUUAGGAGUCCCCUAAACUCAGAAACAGAGGGCCCUUGUCCCUGUGGAACCAUGUGCACGGUGGAGGACAUUCCUAGUAGGGUGCACGUUUUCAGAGACCUACCUCGGGUGCAGGCCCACCCACACUGCUUAACUCGUCAGUUACUUCUCACUACUCAGUUGCAGCCCGUGCCUUUGCAAAAGUUGGGGUGUAUGUACCCUUUGAGUCAGAUGCAAGGCCCUAUUUAUCAUAAACUCAUCUAUCUCACUGCUGUUCUGUAUCAUGGAAAAAGUGACCAUUGUUUUGUGUUACGUGUGGAAACGAGGUGAGGUGUCCACGUGUUCUGUGGUAGCAUCCCUCUUUUGCAAGCCGCUUGACUUUACCCAAUGCAGGAAGCAGAGUAGUGGGUAACAACACCGAGACGGGCCGGCUUUGUUCGGAGUCUUGGUGAAGUUACAGACCCAACUAGUUUCCUUAGUGAAAUCUGCUGACAGUCUACCUCAGAGGUUUGUGUUGAGGAUUCACUGCAUUAAUACGUGUCGGAGUGCUUUGAACAAGGACUCGAACGUAAUGAACAAAAGUGUUAUUUAUUAUCAUGAUAUCAUUGCUGAGCUUUGCCGUCCGUGUGCACCAGUGAAGCCGUCACCAUAGUCAGGAUAAUAAACAGCCAUAACCCCCCAAACAUGGCUGAUGCCCCUCUCCUAGCUUCCACAGCAGUUGCUGAUCCGCUGUCACUUUGGAUGAGUUUUGCUUCUCUAGGAUUUUAUAUAAACAACAUAUUGUAUGUACUCUUACUUUUGGCCUGGUGUCUUUCACUCAGCAUAAUUAUUUUGAGAGUCACCCAUGUUGCAUAUGCGUUGUAUCAGUGGUUAUUUUCUUUCUUUCCUUCCUUUUUCUUUUUCUUUCUUUCUUUCUUUCUUUCUUUCUUUCUUUCUUUCUUUCUUUCUUUCUUUCUUUCUUUCUUUCCGUCUCUCUUUCCCUCUCUCUUUCCCUCUUUAUCUCUCCCCCUCUCCCUCCCUCCCCCUUCCUUCCUUCCUUCCUUCCUUCCUUCCUUCCUUCCUUCCUUCCUUCCUUCCUUCCUUCUUGGCAGUAUUACACUAUAGAUAUACAAAAAUUUGUCCAUUUAUCUCUUGAUGACCAUUUGGGCUGUUUCCAGUUUUGGGUUAUUAUAAAUAAAGCUGCUAUGAACAUUUGUGUUUUAA